CCCUUUUUCACUGAUCGUGCAAUAACUCAACGCUCGGGUGAGAUUUAAUAGUUUGUCAGACUUACCCACGAGUCAUUCAAGAGAAAAUGUCAGCUUACGAGUAUCACUACUUCAAUGUCCGCGCAAGAGGAGAGGUUGGUCGUCUCGCUUUGGCUGCUGCAAAUUUAGAAUUCAAAGAUUUACGCCACACUCGCGAAGAAUGGCUCGAAAUCAAAGCUUCUGGAAAGCCUCCACUCGGUCAAAUGCCAUUUCUUGUGACCCCUGAGGGAAAAACACUUGCGCAGUCCGGUGCAAUUAUGAAGUACAUUUGCAAAAAGGGAGGUUUGAGUCCAACCGAUCCUUGGGAUGAAGCAGUAGCGGACCAGAUAUGCGGUGGUGUCGACGAUCUUCGUCUUUCAUUCAUUAAGGGCCACUUUGAAAAAGACGAGGCUAAAAAGGAAGAACUAAAGAAAGAACUCUUUGAAACCACGCUACCCGCCCGACUUGCAAAUUACGAUGCUCUUCUCAAAGGAACAUAUUUCUUGGAUAAUAAAUUGACCUACGCCGACAUUACCUUCUUCGACUUCUUCAACGGCUUCAUGAAUAACGGACAACCUACUGUCCCGGAUUGUCUCAGCAAGUUCCCGAGGCUGGCGGCGCUUUACGAGAAAGUGCUGGAAAACCCAGGAAUAAAGGCUUGGAUAGAUAGACGCCCCAAGACUGACUUAUAAGCAAUUUGUCUGUAAUUGUAGAAGCAGAAUGCGUGAUUAAAAAAAUGUUAACGAAUAAAAGAAACUGCUGAAAAAGUU